AUGUCGGAUACUCUUGACGGAGGUCCAUAUAGCGGGAUUGGACAACCAGUUAGCAGACACCCUCAGCAGACACGCAGCAGUAGUCCACGAAUGGAGGAUUCAUUCCAUGAUCAUCAAAGAAAUUUUCCGGAUCUGGGGGAAACCAGAAAUAGACCUCUUCGCAACGGAAGACAACACAGUGUGCAACCUAUUCUGCAGCAGAGCGGGAAUAGGAAGAAGAUCACUAGGAGACGCGUUCCUCUGCAAAUGGAACCACUCCUUCCUAUACAUAUUCCCUCCAUUUCCUCUAAUAACAAGGAUAUUAGCCAAGAUAAUUCAAGACAACGCAAAUUGCAUAAUUCUGACACCAUGGUGGCCCAGGCAGAAAUAGUUCGCGACACUACUGAACAGGGCACAGGGUCUCUACAUGAAGCUGCCCAUGAGAAGGGACCUUCUCUUCCAGCACCAGGCUUGACUGGGAAAGAAGCAUUAACUCAGUUUCCGCUCCUGGGGACUUCAAAAAACCUUGCCCACUGGAAAGCUCACUUGAAGCAAUGUGACCUGCUCAGGCUUUCCCAUAAGCAGAAAAGGCUUUGCCGUCGGGAACCAGGGCUGGCUGAAACCUUACGGGAUGCCAUCCGACUCGGUGUCCUUGAAUGCCAGUAUCAGUUUCGCAAUGAGCGCUGGAAUUGCAGCCUGGAUGGAAGGGCAGACCUCCUGAGGCGAGGUUUUAAGGAAACAGCUUUUCUGUAUGCAGUGUCUUCAGCAGCACUGACUCAUUCCCUUGCUCGGGCAUGCAGUGCUGGGCGGAUGGAGCGCUGCACAUGUGAUGACUCGCCGGACUUGGAGAACCACAAAGCAUGGCAGUGGGGAGUGUGUGGAGACAACCUCAAGUAUAGCACCAGGUUUCUGAAGAACUUCCUGGGCCAGAAAAAGGUUGGGAAAGACCUGCGGGCCAAAGUGGAUAUCCACAACACUAACAUGGGCAUCAAGGCUGUGAAAAAUGGACUCAAGACCACUUGCAAGUGCCAUGGUGUGUCUGGCUCAUGCGCUGUGAGAACCUGUUGGAAACAGUUGUCUCCUUUCCACGAGAUGGGAAAGCUCCUCAAAUUACGCUAUGAUGGUGCCAUCAAGGUCUUCAGUGCCACCAAUGAUGCUGUGGGCCACUCAGAGCUGGUGAGCCCACCGCACAAUGGCCACUUGGCCAAAGGCCUUGCCUCUCCCCGCUCCACUGACCUGGUUUACAUGGAGGAGUCUCCCAGCUUCUGCCGGCCCAGUAGGUAUUCGGUGGGCACUGCUGGAAGGACGUGUUCCCGGGAGGCCAACUGUGACAGUCUGUGCUGUGGCCGAGGUUAUAACAUCCAGAGCCUCAUGGUCGCCUUUUCCUGCCAUUGUCAGGUGCAGUGGUGUUGCUAUGUUGAAUGUCAACAGUGCAUGCAAGAAGAGGUGGUUUACAGCUGCAAACAGUAG